AAAGGUCAACAGCAGCAAGUGACCGAAGAAGUUACGGUGGAAGAAAAAGGCAAGGCUCCAGUCACGACCGUGACAGAAGGUCCUGUAGAAGAAAUUGUUGAAGACACUGUAUUGCCGUUGUCACUUCCGAAGGUUACACGACCUAUUGAGGUGGGAGAAGUUUUAGAAGAUGUAAGAGAUGAUGUAUGUAAAGAAAAGAACUUGGAAGAUGAUGUAAAGAAAAAAGAUAUAAAACAUAUGGAGCAAAAGAACGUAGAUAGUUUAUCAAAAGAUAAAAAAUCACCUGUUUCUGCGAUUGAAGAUCGAGCAAAUGACAUUGUAGUACCUCUAUUUUAUUCUGAUGUAGUCGAAUCUAAUGAUGCGGAGAACAAAGAAAUGCACGACACUACACCAGAAAUACACGACAAAUCCACACAUAAAAAAUUGAAAAAGCAUAAAGUCGAUGAAAUUAUACUAAAUGAUAUUGUGGAAAAACCGAUUUCUGAGCCACAAAAAACGAAGCCUGAAAUUGCCGAAGAAAGUGUGAAUGAAAUUGUGAAAAUUGAUGCAGAGGAACAGCAUGCUCAACUUUUGGUACAAGAAGAAGAGGUGGUACGUGUUGGACUUGAUAUCAAAAAGAUAUCUCAAGAAAAAGGCAAGGUAGUUAUCACCGAGGCAAAAGAAAUUGUCGAUGUUACCGAAGUGCCAAAAGCUAUCAAGAAAAAGAAAGAGCCUAAGAAGAAACAUAUAACCGAUGCUGUCGAGAGUUUUGGUGAAACUGCAGAAGAAAUAAUAAUGGAUAAGCCCGUAGAAGAAAAAGCUAAAUCUAUUGUGGAACAAAAGCAGGAAACUAUCGUAAUUACUGAAGUAGAUGUACAGAAAGUAUUUGAUAAGGUACCGGAAAAAGGAAUUCCUGCUCAAGAAGAAAUAACUGUUGAAACAACCAAAGAAAUAAAAAGUAAACUACCAAAAGAAGAACAAAUACAAUCAGAUUUUAUAACAAAAGAAGGACUCACAGUUAUCGAGACAAUUUCAAGCGCAACUACUGAAGAACUUCCUAAAAAAACAAAACCAACGAAAGAAACAGCAAAACCAGUCGAAAGUGUUGGAGAACAAGUUGAUGUUAAAGAAGUUACUGUAAAAAAAGCGCCUAUAAAGAUUAAACCAAAACAUGCAGAUAAACAACAAAUCGAAGAAAAAAUUGUAGAAGAAAUUAAAUUAGAAAAACCACAAAAAGAGAAAGCAGAAAAAUCAUUACUUACAAAUAAAGAAAUAGAGACUACUGAAAUUAUUUCUGAAGUUGCAACCAGUGAUUUAGAAGAAAAGAAACCACAAAAAGAACAAGCUAUAACUACAGAAGAAUCAGAACAAGAUGUAAAAGAUGUAAAAGUGACAGAAGUAAUUAUAAAGAAAGCGCCACUUGUUAAGAAAGAAGAAAUAAAGGAAGAUCGUUUAGAUGAAGUAACAGAAGAUCUAAAACCAGAAAAACUUGAAAAGAAAAAGGCUAAACCAGAUGUAGCUUUACAACAAAGUAUUGAAAUUUCAGAAAUAACAACAGAAAUAACACCUGAAGAACUGGCUACGGAAAAAAUGCCCGAAACAAAAGCAAAAUCAAGUAUUACACCAAAAGAAAGUAUUGAAGUUACUGAAGUAACUGUAGCUACAGCAGAUGACAAAAUAAUCGAGAAAGAAAAACCAAAGACUGUAAAAGCUAAAGUUGAAGAAGAAAAAAUAGAAUUAGCUCGCGUUAAAAAAGAUAAGGUUAUUCUAGAGAAAAAACCUAUUAUUGAAGAAGAACAAAAAGAAAAUUUAGCAGAAAAAAUACCAAUAAAGCCUAAAAAGGAAAAAGUACAAAUGGACGAAGUUCGAUUAGAGACUACAGACAUAGCACAAAUCAUACCGGAAACUAAAGUUGAAGAAAUGCCAAAAGAAUUGCAAGAAGAAACAACUUUUCCUAGUAUUGAAGAAAAACCAACAGAAAAAACCACUGAAAUAUUGGAAGAAAAGAAAAUUGUCAAGAAAAAGAAAAAGAAGCCUAUCAAAAAAGAUGAAAUAGAGGAAUGGGUAGAGCCUGAAUAUGAAAGACCUGUGUUAGAACCAAUGCCCGAAAAAAUUCAAUGGGAGCCAACAAAAAAGAAGAAAGAAAAGAAAAUAAUUCCUGAAUCAAUGCAGAAAUUAGUUCCGCAAAAAAUUGAAAGAAAAGAAAUUAAACCUACAAAAUUAACAUAUCUUGAACCAAUGAAAGAAACAGUACAAUUUGGUACAAUUAAAUUGAAAAAAGUAAAAAUUGAGAAAAAGAAAGAAAUUAGCGAACCUAAAUUCCCUAAGAUUAUGUUACGUAGCAGAAUCACAUUUAUUGGUGACUAUCCACCAGAAUUACAAAUGCCGAAAAUUACAUACCUUGAAGAAAAUCUUGUACAAACUGGAAUUCUAUCUAGGAAUACAGAAGAAGCUUUACAAGUAUUAAAGAAAAAGUAUAAGAAACCUAAGAUGUCAGAAAAAGAAUUAAUAGAAUUAGAAAAAUUAGACAAAGAGUUCGAAGAGUUAAAAAAGAUUCCUUUAGAACAAAUAGAAGACAAAUCUAUUUAUGAGAGGGCACCUAAAAAACCUGAAAAAACACCUGAAGAACCACAAAAACUCGUUAUUGGAAGAGGUGAAGUAAAACAAGAAGCUAAAAUUGAACCAGAAGAAGUUAAACUAAAGACAAUACCGGAAAAGAAACCUGAUGAAACAUCAGAGACUAAACCAAAACCUAAACAAAAAGAAUCUAAAGAAGAAGUACCAAAGAAAGAAAGAGAACAGCCCAAAGAAAUAUUAACACACGAAGAUUUUAAACCACUAGACUUUGAUAGACCAGAAAUUGAAAAGUACAUACCUGAGGAACAAGAAACACCUAAGAAGCCAGAACCUGAACCUAUUCCAAAAUCAUAUGAAAAACCUAAGAAAAAGAAACCUGAACAAGAUAUUGAACAAAUUCCAUUAAUAAAAGGAAAACCAAAACCAGAAGAACCCGAAGAAGAACCUGAAGUCAAAUUUCGAAUACCAACAUCAGAAAAGCCAGAAGAUGAGCCCGAAACAAUAACGUUAAAAGGUUGGAAAAAACCAAAACCAGAAGAAGAAGAUACACAAAAAUAUCCAUCUGAGGAUAAAGAUGUUACUUUGCGACCGCCGAAAGAAGAUACCGAAGACGUUACAAUAAAGCAAAAAAUAAAACCAAAAAAACCUAAAAAGAAAGAAACAAAGCCAGAAGAUAUUACUGAAGAACUUAUAUUUAAAAAAGAACCAGAAGAAGAGCAAGAAAAACCAACAGAGAAUCUUAUCGCAAAGAAACCGGUGCAGGAAGAAGUGAUAGUAAAGAAACCAAAAGAAACUACUACUCCUAAAGAAGAAAUAACAGAUAAAAUAACGAUUAAAAAGCCAAUAGUUGACAAAAAGAAAGAAGAAAUCACUGAAGAAGUUACAUUAAAGAAAAAACCAAAGAAGAAACCAGUUACGGAGGAAAGUGCUGCUGAAGUUACUAUAACAAAACCUGUUCCGGAGGAAAAAGAACAAGUCCCGGAAGAAGUUUCAGAAGAAAUAAAAUUAACAAAGCCAAAAAAGAAACCAACAAAAGAAGAAGUUGCAGAUGAAGUAACAAUUAAAAAGCCAGUAGUUGAAGAAAAGAAAGAAGAGAUAAAAGAAAUUACUGAAGAAGUCACAUUAAAGAAAAAACCAAAAAAGAAACCAGUUACGGAGGAAAGUGCUGCUGAAGUUACUAUAACGAAACCUGUUCCAGAGGAAAAAGAACAAGUUCCGGAAGAAGUUUCAGAAGAAAUAAAAUUAACAAAGCCAAAAAAGAAACCAACAAAAGAAGAAGUUGCAGAUGAAGUGACGAUUAAAAAGCCAGUAGUUGAGGAAAAGAAAAAAGAGAUACAAGAGAUCACUGAAGAAGUUACAUUAAAGAAAAAACCAAAGAAGAAACCAGUUACAGAGGAAAGUGCUGCUGAAAUUACUAUAAAGAAACCUGUUCCGGAGGAGAAAAAACAAGUUCCGGAAGAAGUUUCAGAAGAAAUAAAAUUAACAAAGCCAAAAAAGAAACCAACAAAAGAAGAAGUCGCGGAUGAAGUUACAAUUAAGAAACCUAUUGUAGAAAAAGAAGAAUUGAUCAUUCAGAAACUUGAAGAGAUAGAACCUAAAGAAAUAAUUGAAGAAUUUACAUUGAAGCGGAAACCACCAAAACAACCACCAAAGCCUAUUGAAGAAAUUUAUGAAGAUGUUACUUUACGUAAAUUACGGCCAAAGAGAAAGCCUAGGCCGGACAUCAAAGAAGUUACUGAAGUAGAAAAUGUUACUUUUAGACCACGUUCUACAAAAACAAAAGAAGAUGUAGAACAAGAGUUUAAAAUCUCAUUGAAUACAUAUGAAGAAGAAGAUAUUUCUAUGUCUGGUAAAGUCCGACUAAAACCAAAAAGACGCCCGCUUACAUAUUCAGAAGAAACUGGAGAAGAAACAAUUAAAAUUAUUCAAGAAAUUGAAGAUGAUUCCGGGCCAGUUAUUGAAGAAAUCAUUGAUGAAUCGGAAGAAGAAGGUAAAGAAUAUAGCAUUGAAGAGCUCGACGUUGAUGAAAUGAGCAUACCAUUGAGACGAAAGAAAAAGAAACAGAAAGUUCCAUAUACUGUGGAAGAACUUGAAGAAGAUGACGUUAAAGUACAGUUGAAACGUGAUAGGAAAUAUUCGUACGAGGAAAUCGAUACUGAAUCUUUGGCGUUGAAGUUGAAGAGUAAAAGACGUUUCUCUACAUAUGAAGAAGAAGAAGCUUCUCUCAGCAUUACUAGAGAAGAGGAAAUAGAAGAAGUUGACGCACUUGAAUAUGUCGUUCGUGACGGUGAUACUAUGUUUUCAAUUUGUUCUUAUGAGGCCGAAACAGACGAAGCCAUUAACUUAAUAGAAGGAGAAAAAGUUUAUAUUAUCGAUCAUACUAAUCAAGAUUGGUGGUUCGUGAAAAAGCAUCUAACUGAAGAGAAAGGCUGGGUACCAGCGCAAUAUUUGCUAGAUGAGGUGCAUUAUACUAUUUACUUGCAACGGAAAUUGAACGAAAAAAUUGAUAGAUUACCAAUCUUUGAAAAGCCUGCUCCAGGAGAAAAAGCUUCAGCACCAAGAUUUAUCGAGAAAUUACAGCCGAUUCACACGUUAGAUGGUUACACUGUUCAAUUUGAAUGUCAAGUAGAAGGUGUACCAAGACCACAGAUAACAUGGUUCCGUCAGACCGCUAUUAUCAAACCGUCUACUGAUUUCCAAAUGUAUUAUGAUGAUGAUAACGUUGCCACCUUAAUAAUCAGAGAAGUUUUUCCUGAAGAUGCUGGCACUUUCACAUGUGUAGCGAAAAACGCUGCUGGAUUUGCAUCCAGCACCACUGAACUCAUCGUUGAAGCUCCUUUAUCAGAUCAUGGAUCGGAUGUUACCGGUUUAUCGAGAAAAAGUCUUUCGAGAGAAUCAUCUCUUGCGGAUAUAUUGGAGGGUAUACCACCUACGUUCUCUCGAAAACCGAAAGCAAAAUAUGUGAACGAAGGUGACAAUGUGAUACUAGAGUGUCGAUUAGUUGCUGUCCCGGAGCCAGACAUAACAUGGUACUACAAAGAUACUCAGGUAGUCAGUAAAGAAAAUAUUGUAGUAGCGACCGAAAGCGACAUGCACAUGUACUGCAGUGUCGUGAAAAUCAGUAAAAUUCAAAAGAAACAGGAGGGAAGAUAUAAGAUUGUUGCUAAAAACAGGGAGGGCGAAGCUACUAUUGAUAUUCCUGUAAAGGUAAAAACUGGAAAAAGUGAGCCACCCGAAAUUUUAGAAUCAUUACAAUCGUAUGUAGUCAAAGAAGGCGAGACCGUUGUCUUAUCUACUCAAAUAGUUGGAAAUCCAUCACCUAAAAUAACGUGGUAUAAAGAUGGAAAACCAUUAAAGGAUUUGCACCCAAAACAAGACGGACACGUUAAUACACUCAAUUUAAUUCAACCUCAACUAGCAGAUACUGGGGAAUAUUCGGUUGUAGCUAUCAAUGAUAUGGGUAAAGCUGAAACUCGAGCUACACUCACUGUUGAAAAAGUACCUAGUGGUGCUCCAGAACCUCCACUGUUCACCGAACGUUUCCAAGAAGUAGUUGUUCCGGAGAAAGGAACCUUUAAACUAACAGCUAGAGUUACUGGAAAUCCAGUUCCAGAAGUUACUUGGCUGAGAAAUAAUAAGCCACUUGAGAAAUCGCCUAAUAUUAUAGAAAGUUAUGAUGGCGAAAACAUUUUGCUCGAAAUUAAAAACGCAGACUCCGAAAUAGAUACUGGCGAUUACAAAUGUGUCGCUAGUAAUCCAGUAGGAAAAGCUUCUCAUGGCGCAAAAGUCACGGUAGAUGUUGCCAAAGUGUCUUUCACAAAGAAACUGCAAGAUAAAGUAAUAGUUGACGAGUACAAAACUCUUGAACUGAACUGCGAAACAUCUCAUACAGUUUCUACAGUUUGGUGGCACAAUGAUAAAGAAAUCAGCGGAAUGGAUCAUCGCGAGGUGAUUCAAGAAGGACGAGUACACAGAUUAGUUAUCAAAAAGAGCGCUCUUUCUGACGCAGGAAUAUAUAAGUGUACCGUUAAGAACCAAGUAACGUCUAGCGACGUCACCAUCAAAGCCACUAAACCGGAAUUUGUGAAGAGAUUGCAAGACUUUGAGGUAAAAGAGCGCGAUGUGGCGAUUCUGGAGGUUGAGAUCACCUCACAAACAGCCGACGUUACAUGGCAAAAAGAUGGUGAAUUAUUAACACCAAGCAAAGGAAAACUAGAAUUUGUGAAAGACGGUAAUAUGAGAAGACUUCUCAUCAGAAACACAUCGGUUCACGACGAGGGUGAAUAUUCAUGUGCUCUUCCUGAUGAGGAAUGUACGGCGGAAGUUACAGUUGUUGAAUUACCGCCGGAGAUUAUUACUAAGAUGCAAGAUGUAACCAUAGCCAGAGGAGAGAAAGCAACUUUCGAAAUAGAGUUGACCAAAGGUGACGCUUUGGUGCGUUGGUUCAAAGAUGGCCAAGAGUUGCAAUUCUCUGAACAUGUGCGAUUAUCAAUUGAUGGCAAGAGACAGAGACUGAAAAUCUACGAUUCGGAAAUAGAAGAUGCGGGAACAUAUUCUUGCCAAGUCGGCAACCAAACUUCAUUGGCUAAACUAACGGUCGAAGAACCCGAAGUGGACUUCAUCAAAAAAUUACCGGAUGUCACUCUAGUGCCUCUCAACACCGAUGCAACUUUCCUUAUUGAAUUGUCGUCUGCCGAUAUACCAGUGACAUGGUUGAAGAAAGGUGAAGUGAUUGAUGCACAAUCGCCGAAAUAUAGCAUCAUUGACGAAGGAAAUGUUAAGAAGCUUAUCGUUAAAAAAUGCACGACCGAAGAUAUCGCCGAAUAUACUGCCGUGGUUGCAAAUGUGAAGACGUCGUCCAGAUUAAAAGUUGAAAUUAUCGAAAAACCGCCUAGAAUCAAUCCCGAUUCACCAAAGAAAUACAAGACAACAAUAGGCAAUGACAUCGAGAUCGUUGUGAAUUUCACAGCUACGCCAACACCGAUCGACGAAUGGACUGUCAACGAUCGUGUCAUUAAAAAAUCUAAACGAAUCGUCACGUCUAUUGACGAAUAUUCGGCUGUUUUAACGAUUCGAGAUGUGCAAGAGAAAGAUUUUGGCAAUUAUAAUCUAAAAUUGGUUAAUCCUCAUGGAGAGGAUAGCAUAGAAAUUAGCGUCAUCGUCGUACAGAAACCUGGAGCACCAGGAAUUCCAGAACCGCUCGAAGUUACUGACACCAGCGUUACUCUUCACUGGAAAAAACCAGAUUCAGAUGGACAUUCCCCAAUCACAGAGUAUAUUUUAGAGUAUCACGAAAAGACGGAAUCUUCAUGGAGAAAAGUUACAGAGACGAUAAGCGAAAUAACGUAUAAACUGACUAACUUAAUCACUGAUAAAGAGUACACCUUUCGUGUGACAGCGGUUAACGAAGCUGGACCAGGCGAGGCAUCACCUAAUACGCCGUACAUAAGAAUUUCUAAGCUAUUAGCCUCUGAACCACCAACCGUUUUGGAACCGCUCAAGAGUGUCAUAACCGGAUUAGGAGAAAUUGUUACGCUUUCUUGCGUAAUUGGUGGUAUACCGACACCUCGUAUCACAUGGUUGAAGAAUGGUAAAGUUUUCGAAGACAAAGAUAUCACGUAUGAAAACCAUGUGGCUAAGUACACGAUUCAAAGAACUACAGAAACAUCUUCGGCCACAUUUAUAGUUAAAGCUCAGAAUGACGCGGGUACAGCAGAAACAUCAUGCCAAUUAAAAAUCCAGGAGUCACCGAAAAUUACUUGCGAUGAAAAUAUAAUGACUCAGAGACUAGCAGUGGGCGAUAACUGGAAGGUCGAGAUCAAUUUCAGCGGUUUCCCAAAACCAGAAAUAAUGUGGACAAAGAACAACAAGAAAAUAACUGAUAAGCGCGUCUCUAUUAAGACCGAAGAAACUACAUCUAUUAUCACAAUUUCUUCAGUAAUCAGAGAUGACACGGCUACUUAUGCAGUUAAAGCGGAAAACGAAGCCGGUAGCUCGUCAGUGGAAUGUAAUCUUCGUGUCAUAGAUAAGCCAACCAAACCUCAGGGACCAGUUGUCGCAAAAGAAAUCAGACAAGAUCGCGUUACCAUAGAAUGGCGACCUCCGGUCGACGACGGUGGCGCGGAAUUGAAAGGAUAUACUAUUGAGAAAUACGAAAUGACCAAGAAAACAUGGACAAAAGUAGGUGACGUUGACAAAGAAGUCGAGAGCUUCUGCGCUCAGAAAUUGCAACAGGAUGUUGACUAUCUGUUCCGAAUAAUCGCGAGAAAUGCGGUCGGGUCUUCAGAUCCUUUGGAAUCUGAGCUAAUUAGAACAAGAACUUCAUUCGAACCACCAGGACCUCCGAGAGGACCAUUUGAAGUUUCUGGAAUGACGAAAACGUCGUUCACAAUAAAGUGGGAAUCUCCAGAGAAUGACGGCGGUACUCCUAUCACAGACUACAUCGUUGAGAUAAAAGAAACAACGAAGAAAGCUUGGAAGAGGAUUGCCAUUACGAAAGGAGACGUUACAAAUGUUAUUGUGUCUGAUCUGAAAACGGACAUAUCAUAUAAUUUCCGAAUAACAGCCAAAAACAGUGUCGGUACUGGUCCUCCAUACGUACCAGAAGAAACAGUUACAGCUGGCAAACGACCGACACCACCUUCGUGUCCUCAAAACGUUCGCGCGACAAAUGUCACAAGCAAGAGCGUCACUCUCAGCUGGACACCACCGGCUACUACAGGAGGAUCAGAAUUAACAGGUUACGUGAUCGAGAAGAGACCAUUGAUAGGAAAAGGCGCCAGAUGGACGAAAGUUGUUACACUGGACGCUACGAUAAAUCAAUAUUGCGUGGAAAACUUGAAAGAAAGCGAGUUUCUCUUCAGAAUCUUCGCUGAAAAUAGCAUAGGACUCAGCACACCGACUAAUUCUGAACCAGUCACACUAAAGACUCAUGCCAACGUUCCUUCGCCACCUACGGCUCCGUUAGAGAUGAGACAAAUUGCGGCGAACACAAUGGUAAUCGAAUGGGGCAGACCUGAAUCAGACGGCGGCGCACCCUUGGAAGGUUACAAAAUCGCUAUCAGAGACGCGAAGAAGACCAUGUGGAUGGAAGUGGGAAGAGUAAGCGCAGACAUUCAGAAACUGAACAUCAGAGAUUUGCAAGAAAAUCAUGAAUAUCUUGUGAGGAUAUUCGCACGGAACGAGAUCGGAUUUAGCGAUCAUUUAGAAUCGGAGGAGCCCUUCAAGAUCGUGCCGACCUCUGAACUUGCAUUCGUCGAGCCAAUUGCAGAAGCUGUAGACAAAGGCGAGACCGCAUCGCUCAGCUUUAGCACGGAAAACACGAGUUCGUGGCUGCGAGAACACAAUAUGGACGCCGAUAUACAUUCGUACGCGAGAGCGAGAUUACUCAGAAGAGAUGAAUAUUUCUUCCGCAUUUGGCAUUAUGCUAAAAAACUGUUCGAAUGAGCAUUUGUUACAAGUAUAUAAUUUUGAACAUUUGUAUUCUCUCUCUCUCUCUACGAUAUUUCGCGAAAACAAUUGAUCCUUUCCGCAAUUCC